ACAUGAAUAUUCAGUCAAGUGUGUAAUUUCAAGUUGAAGCACUGAAAAUAAUACAAAAAUAAUAAUAAUAAAUAAAUAAUAAAACCAACAAAUUAAAAACUACAAAGUUAAUCAAUAUAAUAAAUCUCAAUUUGUAGUAAAAAUCAAAACAAAAAAGUAGUAAGAAGUGAAAAAGAAAAAAAGAAAAAAAAAAAUAUGGGCUGCUUAAGUAGUAAAGACCGUUUAACUAAAGAGGAUAUGGAGUUUUUAAAAACCCACACCCGAUAUGAUGAAGCAACUAUUAAAGAAUGGUACAAGGGAUUCAAGCAAGACUGCCCCAAUGGGCGUUUAACACCAGCAAAGUUUGUUGAUAUGUAUAAAAUGUUCUUUCCAUCUGGAAAUGCGGAAGAAUUUUGCGACCAUGUAUUUCGUACAUUUGACAUGGAUAAAAAUGGCUACAUUGACUUUAAGGAAUUUUUACUCGCAAUAGAUGUUACAUCAAGCGGAACACCAGAGGAAAAACUAAAAUGGGCUUUCCGAAUGUAUGAUGUUGAUGGCAAUGGCGUGAUAGACAUUCAAGAAAUGACUAAAAUUGUCCAGGCAAUUUACGAUAUGCUAGGUGCAUGCUCAUCUAAUCGUCCAGCUGAUUCUGCAGAAGAGCGAGCAAAAAAUAUUUUUGCUAAAAUGGAUGAAAAUAAUGAUGGUCAAUUAACUCAAGAUGAAUUUUUAAAAGGAUGUUUGCAGGAUGAAGAGUUGUCUAAAAUGUUGGCACCAUAAAUCAUUAUAUCCUAUAAUAUGUGUGUAUUUGAUGAAAUCAGUAAUAAAAUGUAUAAAUAUUUAAUUUA